GCACGGUCUAAUUCCAACCAUGCUCUCAUGAAAGCAAUACUUUAUGGCAUAGAGGUCUCCAAACGACUAUAACCGGUUAAGUAGUUUAUGAAAAUAAACUGCUUAUUAAUUUUUUAUUUCACCUGCCCCCCUCCCCUCUGAACCAUUGAGAUUUCAAGACAAGAAGAAGGAGAUGAAUUACGAAUUUGGGCGAGAAAGCGGUUUUAUCAACAGUCAGCCGUCGCUCGCUGAGUGCCUGACAUCAUUCACUAACCCUGUCGGGGAUGCAUUUCAAAGUUCAUCAAUCAAGAGCUCAGCGCUUUCACAGUCGACACUGAUUCCUCCUCCUUUUGAGCAAACCAUCCCCAGCCUGAGCCUGAGCGUCCACCCACGCCACAGCCGGCCAAAGCAAGCUCUGAAAGGCUGCAGCCCGCUGCAGGCAGUGUCUCUACCCCCGGAAUACCCGUGGAUGAAGGAGAAGAAAAGCAUCAAGAGGACUCAGUCUGCUACUGCUGCUUCUUCAGCUGCUGCUGCAACGACGACGACUGACGCCUCACCCCACUACUUCUCCCCCCAAGGUUCUCCUGAGACACCAGAGAGUGCUGUUGGCGGUGUAGGGGCAUCCAGGAGGCUGAGGACCGCGUACACCAACACUCAACUUCUGGAACUGGAGAAGGAGUUUCAUUUUAAUAAAUAUCUGUGCAGACCCAGGCGAGUGGAAAUAGCAGCGCUGUUGGAAUUAACAGAAAAGCAGGUGAAAGUGUGGUUUCAGAACAGACGGAUGAAACAUAAAAGACAGACCCACUGCAAGGAGAACCGGGACAGUGAGGGGAAAUACGCGUGCCUGGAUGACGGGCCAGAGGACGAGCUUGAGCAGGCGGCGGACAGCAGCGCAGCCGCGUCGUUAUUUCACAGGGAAAGGUAUUUUCACCAAAAUACCCUGACUUCACAACAUUGUCAGAAUGGACACAAUGGGGACAGCCAAAGCCUAACUUAUACCCCUUUGACCAGCAAUGAGAAAAAUCUGAAACAUUUUCCUAACCCGACACCCACUGCUCCAAUCUGCGUGUCAACAAUAGGCCAGGACAAUGAUGGCUCCUCCGGCCUGGACGCCUCUUUGCAGGAUUUCCAAGUUUUCUCCCCCUCGUCUUCUUUCUCACCGAGUUUGUCAGAUUCAACACAGAGUCCUCUGCCGUUGCCAUGCGAAACUUUCGACCUUUUUUCAGAAACGCUUACUACAAUGGACCUGCAAAAUCUCAGCUACUGAAAUAACACAUGUUUGAUCUUAUUCAGGCUGUUAUGGUCAGUAAUUACAGGGCAACGCGAAAUUUAGAGCUCUGACAAAUAAGGUAAGUUACGGCGGAAAAAAGACAAAACAAAACUACUCUUUUGUCUAUAUGCGGAUUUUAUUCCAACAGACUUCAAUGAGGACAGCAUCCAUUUAUUUUUAUAUGGAUUUCAACUGAGCAAAAUAUUUUUCUUGAAAUAAAACUUUACAUUAA